GUAUAUUUCUCACGGUUAAAACGCACAAGCUAAUACUUUAGAAUGUCCACAAUGGAAGUUCUGGUUAAUAAUUAAUCAGCGUUAUCAUGACGAUCCCGAUCUUGUAUUAUGACGAUCGCAGUCCGCCGGUGCGAAGUUGUCUCAUGCUCAUCAAAAUGCUGAAUAUCAAUGUGGAGCUGCGUUUCGUGGACCUAUUCAAAGGGGGACAAUUUGAGAAAGACUUCUUGGCGUUAAAUCCGCAGCACAGUGUGCCCACGCUAGUGCAUGAUGAACUGCUGCUGACCGAUAGCCAUGUCAUACUCAUACAUCUUGUGGAACAGUUUGAUGCACAGGGCACACUGUGGCCCAGGGAUUACGCAGCCAGAAUGAAGGUGCUUAAUCGCUUGUUCUUUGAGUGCUCCUUUCUCUUUCGCCGUGACAGUGAUUUAAUGUCGGAAAUCGUGCGCAAGCAGUAUGCCAAUGUGGAUGUGGCCUACCACGAACGCAAGCUGUGCGAGGCAUAUGACAUUAUGGAGCAGUAUCUCGACGGGCAGACCCACAUGGCUGGCGAUCAGCUGACGCUCGCCGAUAUAUCCAUUGUGAGCACACUGAGCACCGUGCAUCUCAUGUUUCCAUUGGCAGCAGCUCGUUGGCCGCAACUGCAGCGCUGGUUUGCCGCAAUGCAGCAAUUGGAUGCCUACGAAGUGAAUCGUCUUGGCGUGGAAAAACUGCGCAACAUCGUAGAAGAGCUGGGCAAGUUUCAGUUUCCCAAGCGGCAGCUGUGAUAGGACGAGUGUCCCAAACCGAUUCCACAUUAACCGAACUUUGAAGCAUUUGUUUAAAAAAUGGUGGAGGAAUAACAUAUUAUAGAUAUAGCUUAGUUCAUAAGUAUAAGCCUAACAUAUUAGGUUUUCUACAUCUAAACUUAUAGACAACAUUCAUGUUAGCAAGAAAAGGAAACCUGACUAAAUCUGCGUUUGAAACAGCUUCACGUAGCAUACUGGUUCGAACCGUCAACUUAAUGAUCAAAAGUUUGUGCUGUGUCUACAUAUCAAAUUCGUAUUAUCCUUAAUAUUACCACAUCCAUAUAAGCUAGGCCAAUUAGGAGCAUUUGCUGUUUGCUCAGAGCCUAUUAUAUAAAGCCGCUAAUGUUAUUCCGAAUAAUGCCUGGACAUCAUUAGCAUGCGGUCAACAGUCGCCCCCCAUGUUUGAUUUGGUGGGGUUACGCAUUCUGUUUGCUCUCGAAAUGUUUGGCCAACAUUUGCAUAUGCCGACAGCAUGUCAUGCCUAAUGGCCAUAUCGAGUGCGCAAUUUUGAGUUGGGUAAAAACGCUUCAAGUACGUGGCGUUAAUUGCACGGCCAGCCGCGUAAUAUAUAAUUCCGUGCUGGUCGUCCACUUCAGAGAAGUUUGGUCUACCCGUAGCAAUCCCUACCGUGACCGUGCCCGUUCCUGUUUCCGUUUUGGACUAUCCGUCACGACAGUCCCAGGUGCUGGCAUUUUGAUUGAGCAGCAGCUGCAGCUGCAAGCUGCAGCACGAUUUGCUUUGUGCAAAAAAAGUCUCUCCUUGGAGCACGCAACAAAACUUUCCAGUCAGCAAGUUUUUCAAUUUGCCGAGCUUUAAGCUAACAUUGUUCUGCGCCAUCAUGACAGACGCUUGUUUAGCUUAUAUUUUGGCCAGUUUCUUAUGCGAACAAUGGAAAUAAAUC